UGCCCUGCCGCUGCUCUGCCCCCUCGCCCGCCAGAGCUCGCCGAGAUGCCCAAGUGCCCCAAGUGCGACAAGGAGGUGUACUUCGCCGAGCGGGUCACCUCCUUGGGGAAGGACUGGCACCGGCCCUGUCUGAAGUGUGAGAAGUGCGGGAAGACGCUGACCUCAGGGGGUCAUGCAGAGCACGAAGGCAAACCCUACUGCAACCACCCCUGCUACUCAGCCUUGUUCGGGCCCAAAGGCUUCGGGCGAGGAGGUGCUGAGAGUCAUACCUUCAAGUGAACCCAGGUUGAGGAUCUCUUGACCCUGGACACCAGGCCGAACCCCCGCAGGCAUCUGAGGCCCAAAUGGAGCUAGCUGCCUGCCCUCAAUAAACCUCAACACUGGGAAAGCC